AUGUCGCCACAAAAAGUCUUGGAUGAAAGACCACUACCUGUAAGACGUAAUUCCUUCACAACUUCGGUAAAUGUUACUGUACGUUCGAACCAAAUUCCCGUAAAAACAUUUGUAGAAAACAUUGUAUGCACUCUACGUACAAGUAAUACAACAAACUCAAUUGCCACCUCUUUAUCAACGAGCAUAAUAACAACAACAUCAUCAAUGCAUGAACCAAUAAUGUCAACAAUUUCACCGCCUUUGCAAAAAUUGCAGAGUACCACUCUAAAUACUCCACUUUCAACAAAAAGAAAUAGAUCAUCUCCUAAUAAUCAAAAAAAAAAGCAGAGGAUCAAGAAACAAAAGCAAAAAGAGCAAUCGUCUAAUCAGCAAACGCUGACGAACUAUUGGCUUGCCAAACCAGCAAACAGGUUCGCAUGCUUAUCGGACGAAAAUGAUAACGGCGAAGUGAAUAGUGAAAAGAGCGACAGCAACGAAAAUGAUACAACAAAACAAAUUAAAAAAACCAAACCACCACCGCUCUUUAUUCAAAAAGUAGAAAGACUAGACAUUUUAAUAAAGGCAAUUGACUCAAUACCGAAUUGCAAAUAUGAAAUAAAAGUAUUACCAAAUAAUGAAGUCAAACUGCAACCAUUUGACUCAACUUAUUACACCAGCAUAAUAAAGCUGCUUAAAGAAAAAAAUACCGAAUACUAUACAUAUAAACCGACGGAAGAAUGA